GGACUCGAGUUGCCCAACACUUUUCCUCCGCCCGUGUGUGCUGUGGACUGGUUGUUUUUUUUUCUUUCUUUCUUUCUUUUUGCACCACCUGCGUAGGCUUGUGACUCACACGCCGAUUUGUUGAUGGCCACUAAAAUGGUUGCACACGCACCCGUGCAGUGUGCGGCGCGCGCCACUCGCAAUCACACGCCCACAGCGGACGGACAUCAGAGCUGCACACACAAGUCGAGUGACAAGGCGAAGACGGCCGACAGACUCACGGGCGCCGUAACCCAGAAAAUGCUUCAACCGAAGUGUCCUCGUCCAUGGACGCGCUUCCCUCCUCCACGCGGAUGCUGAAGCAGGGCUGAUCCGAUUUAUGGCCGCCAACAGCAAAUCCGACCAGAGGAGAUGAGCAGCCAGCAGCGGCCAUCGGUGCUCGCUUUAGCGACACUGCUGCUCUGCACAGCACAGCACAGGACUCAUGGCAGCGGCUCAGCAUCAUCAUCUACAUCUGCAUCCCCAUCAGAGGUGACAGGCAGGGAAGAUUCUGGGAUGCAGCGCAGGUGGCUCAAACACCAUGGCAACAGCAGCCAGGAAAGCAGGCCGUGGCAGAAAGCAUCAAGCCUCAAUGCUUCCGCUGUGACAUCAGUCAAGAGGAGCCCGCUGAGCGGGGCGUCAUCACCGUUGUGUGCCUACCAAGUCACAGAGGGAGGCAUCGGGGGGCCGCUCUGCUUUCGACACAUGUUGGCUGGGUACACUUGCCACGAGGGAGACUGCAGGCGGGCAGUUUCUUCAGGGAGCUUGGUUGCAAAUAUUCUCAUCAAUGGCAGCGUGCUACUACAGUGGAGCCAAGGGAGAGAGGUCUCGGGAGUCCCGGGGUCACCCGAUCAGACGAGAGCUCCUGGAGCAAAAUCAUCGAGUAUUGAAAAAACAAAUAGUAUUUUUAGUGGUCGGCGCCACAGACAUGGAGGUUACGAGUUGAGCUGCUGGUGGAACGGCAGCUACACUCAAUUUGAGUGCGCCGGGGUCCAUCUCGGUUCUGGGUGCAGGGACUUCCUUUUGAGCGAACUGCACCAGAACAUCCCCUACCGCAUCUGCCUGCGCUCCCUGGACCAGAGAGCGGACCACAAGGACUGCGUGGAGUUUAUCCUGCCACCGUCCGGGAUGCAGGAUAUCGUGAUCGCCAUGACAACAGUCGGGGGCGCCAUUUGCGUGAUGUUGGUCAUCAUCUGCUUACUGGUGGCGUACAUCACAGAAAACAUCAUGAGCCCCGCGACGCAGCACACAUACUCCUACCGCACUCACUCACGCCACUGAGGCUCACCUUGAACACUAACUGUCCACCAUGAACUCGCCUGAUGUGACCUUCACUUAAUUGUUGUCCAUGUAGUAACAUCAGUGUGUGUGUGUGUGUG